AUGGAGUGGGUACUCUACUACUAUACUCCAUCCACUGCUGCUGCAGUCAUAUUUGUUGUCCUGUUUGGCCUCAGCACUGUGUACCAUUUCUACCAGUUGCUUAGUACGAAGACUUGGUUUAUGAUUCCCUUUUUGAUUGGCGGCAUUCUUGAGACUGUCGGUUACAUUGGUCGUUUACUCUCAGCUCUCCAAGCACCGAAUUACUCGACGGGUGCAUAUGCCAUGCAAAGUUCCCUCACCCUGAUCGCGCCAGCCUUUUUCGCUGCUAGCAUAUACAUGGAGUUCGGUCGAAUAAUCACAAUGCUGCACGCAGAGAAUAACUCAAUAGUUCGGACGCGAUGGUUGACCAGGAUCUUCGUCGCCGGGGACGUUUUGUCGUUUUUGAUGCAGGCCUCCGGCGCUGGCCUCAUGGUCUCGGAUUCCACCAACCCGUCAAGUGGAGAGCACAUCAUCAUUGGCGGUCUUUUCGUCCAAAUCAUCUUUUUUGGCUUCUUCAUGAUCACCACCUCAAUCUUCCAGCUGCGCAUCGAUAGAAAACCUACCGCCAUCUCGAUCGAGUUGUCAUCCACAUGGCAUAAGCAUAUGUUUGCUUUGUAUGCGACUAGCACCCUCAUCCUGAUACGGUCGGUGGUGCGGGUAGUGGAAUACCUUGAAGGAUAUGACGGGUUUUUGAUGACACAUGAGGUUUUCAUUUAUGUCUUUGAUGCCUUGUUGAUGUGGACUACCAUGAUUAUCAUGCACAUCAUCCAUCCAAGCCAGAUCAAUUGUUUGAUUGGCCGUGGCGAAAUGUUCUUUCAGAAGGGUUUUCAGGUACAAAAGGUUGGUUUUACCUCAACAUUGGAGUUGCAAAACUCUGCGUAA